AUUGAAAUUGUAUCCGGUAAGAUUUAUUUAGGUUAUUCUAUUCUAAAAAAAAAAAAGAAAAAGAAAGAGAAGUUCCAAUCACGUUCUUCCAAAUUUCGUAGGCACGCACCGCGCGGGUUUACCAUGUGAGAUGAUCCCGGCUCCCUCUGAUCGAGCGUGCCUUUUUUACUUCACCGCUUCGCACGCGACACGCUCUCCUCUCCGAUAUUUUCCGGCCACUCUCUCCAUCUUUCUGGUCACGCGUCGAACACCACGAUGCUGUCGCUCGCCCGAAAGCUCUCAACUCGAAGGCCAACCAAGCUUGCCCUGCACCCUUUCUAUUUCAUCUCUCCACCCUCAGGCUCUCAGUCAAACCACACCUCCUCUUCCUCUCCUCCCCCACCGUCACCACCCCAUAAACCCCACCAGAACCCUCCUCUCCUCGCCAUCCUCCGUCCCUUCUCCUCCUCCUCCCCCCAGCCUCCAACCGCAUCCUCCCAUACCCUACCUCCCCUCUCCGCCCUCCGCGGCGGCUGCUACGACGAGGACUCCGGUGACCCCCCUCCUCCCCCGCUCCCCCUCUGCCCCGGCUGCGGGGUGCACAUGCAGGACUCCGACCCCUCCCUUCCGGGCUACUUCUCCCGACCUUCCCCCAAAUCCCCCGACUACCACGCCCCUCUCGACCGCCGCCGCCUUCUCGCCCCCGACGACCCCCACACAUCCAUCUCCCUUAAAUCCGGCCUCCUUCCCCUCCAACAGGACAACCCCAUCUCGCCGGAACCAAACCCUAGCCCGGAAACGAAGCCCCUCGUCUGCGCUCGAUGCCAUUCCCUUCGCCACUACGGCCGCGUCAAGCACCCCGCUGCGGAGAACCUCCUCCCGGAUUUCGAUUUCGACCGCAUGGUCGGCCCCAAGAUGGUCUCCCCCUCCGGCCCCCGCUCCGUCGUCCUCGUGGUCGUCGACGCCGCCGACUUCGACGGCUCUUUUCCCCGCAAGGUCGCCCGCCUCGUCUCCGCCUCCAUCGACCAGAACUCGCGGGCAUGGAAGGAGGGGAAGCCCGCCAACGUGCCCCGGGUUGUGCUCGUGGCUACCAAGAUCGACGUGCUGCCCUCCUCGGUAUCGCCGGAGACGCUUGACGACUGGGUCCGGAAGAGGGCCCGGGUGGGGGGAGCCAACAAGCUGGCCGGGGUGCAUUUGGUGAGCGCGGUGAGGAAUUGGGGGUUGAGGAAUCUGGUGGACCAUGUGGCGGAGCUGGCCGGUAGCCGGGGGAAUGUGUGGGCCGUCGGGGCUCAGAAUGCCGGCAAGUCUACAUUGAUCAAUGCGAUGGGUAGGUGUGUUGGGGGUAAAUUGAGCCACUUGACGGAGGCUCCUGUUCCGGGAACUACGCUGGGGAUCGUGAGGGUGGAGGGGGUUCUUAGCGGGCAGGCAAAGCUGUUUGACACGCCGGGGAUUUUGCAUCCAUACCAGAUUAUAACGAGGUUGACGAGGGAGGAGCAGAAGCUGGUGCAUAUAAGCAAAGAAAUGAGACCAAGAACUUACCGAAUCAUGGUGGGUCAUUCUGUACAUCUUGGUGGGCUCAUGAGGCUAGAUGUCGAGGAAUCAUCAGUAGAGACUAUUUAUGUCACAGUAUGGGCAUCGCCACUUCUUCCGCUUCACAUGGGGAAGACAGAGAAUGCAUCUGCAAUGAUAGAAGAUCACUUUGGUCGACAACUCCAGCCACCUAUUGGUGAGAGACGGGCCAGUGAACUUGGAAAGUGGGUGAGAAAGGAGUUUAAUGUUAAAGGGCACAGUUGGGAUGCGAGUUCUGUUGAUAUAGCAGCUGCUGGUCUUGGUUGGUUUGCCAUUGGACUGAAGGGAGAGGCCGUUUUAGGUGUGUGGACAUAUGAUGGGAUUGAUGUUGUAUCCCGUGACUCAUUGAUCUCUAAAAGAGCACUGAUCUUUGAAGAAGCAGGAUUUACGGUUUCGAAGAUUGUUUCUCAGGCUGACAGUGUGCGAAAUAAGCUGAAACACAACAAAGCUGAGAAGAAAAAGCAUGCUAAUAAAGUGGGACCUGCAAAUGACUCAUCAUCCGUAUGUGAAGCAGCUAUGGGUGCUUAAUUGUCGUUUAGCAGUAGAGUUAUAGAAUGAUAGUUGGAUAAACAAACAGCUGCCCAUUUAUCUUAAGGAAGUUUUGCUGAAUCUGAUGGUGGGAUCAUAAGAGAGGAAUUCGCUUAUGAUCAUCGGUAUUGGUUUUUGAAGUGAAGAGGUUGAAUAGAUGAAUACGUUUCUUGUAACUCAUCAAAAUAUAUCAGCAUUAAAUAUUCGUUGUAAGCCUUUUGAUAUCUUCCAUAUCUAUCCAUGUUGUAUAGGAACAUUAAUUUAUAAGAAAUUUCCUAGAGUUAAGAAUGAAUAAGACCCUUUUUUUUCAGAAUA